AUGCUGGUGAGCUCAGCUAAUGGCCGGGGCCUGGUUCCGGAAGAGGUGGUGAGUGUGGCGACAGGUUUUCCCAUCAGUGGCUCUCUCCUCUCCCAGAUCACCUUCUUUGAGGACCGCAAUUUCCAGGGCCGCUGCUACGCGUGCAGCGGGGACUGUGCUGACCUGCAGGCGUACAUCACUCGCUGCAACUCCAUCCGGGUGGACUGUGGCUUGUGGGUCUUGUACGAGCAGACGAACUACAAGGGCUACCAGUACUUCCUGAGGCGCGGAGAGUACCCUGACUACCAGCAGUGGAUGGGGCUGAACGAUUCCAUCAGAUCCUGCCGCAGCAUUCCCCGGCACGACGGCUCUUACCGCAUGAGGAUCUACGCGAAGGAGAACUGCACGGGUCAGAUGAUGGAGUUCACCGAGGACUGCACCUCCAUCCCCGACAUCUUCCGCCAGCGGGACGUCCUCUCCUGCAGCGUUAUGGACGGCUACUGGGUCCUCUACGAGCAGCCCAACUACCAGGGGCGGCAGUACUUCGUCAGGCCCGGUGAGUACCGGCGGCCCAGCGAGUGGGGAGCCAGUCACGGCUCCCUGGGCUCCCUCCGACGGGCCACUGACACCAGUUAAAUCGGUCCCCUGGGCUACCUCCUCCCACCCUCAGUUCUGCCUGGGAAAUAAGAGGCUGCGGGGAGGGCCGCGGAGUGACCGUUUGAC